UGGUUAUGAUACACAUCUUCCUCACCGUGUCUUAUAUCUCUUGUUGGGAACACCGUGUGACUCUCCCAUUCACGCCCACGAACACCGAUUUUUGGCCUGUGGUACUGAGCGCUUCACUACAAGCAUUUUAUACGCUCUACACAGCUGUCUUGGUCUUCCUUACUCAACGGCUUGCGAUGUCAAGGGCACUUGUGCGCCGUCUGAAAUUGACCUCAAUCCACGACAUCUCCGGCGCAUGGGCAGGUCUUGGCUCCGCACUCAAUACUGUCUGGAAACAAACUGGUGCCCCUGCAUCGCUGUGGGCGACUACUGCUGUGACAUCCUACCUCUUAUGCGUUUCUGUGCUACACGUCACCUCUUCCACUCUCCUACAAUUUCAAACAUUCAAUUCUUCUAUAACGACUAAUGUGUCAACAUCACUAGGAUGGGUAGAUCUGUCAACCUCCACCUCGCUCAUCGACAACUGGAAAACCAUCAUCACUUCAUCCUUACCGACUAUCAUUCAAUUUUCUGGACUUGUCUCUACAGGGUUAUCCAAUAAUACAGUCUACGACACCUCGCAAACAAACUCUAUAGUCGGAUAUGCAGAAGUGAAUGCGACGACGAUAACCUCGAGUUGUGCAGUGCUUCCAAAUGCCACUUACUCUCAGGAUAGCAGCAGAGCAACUGCUCCAUUUGGCAAUGGAGGUGUAUUCCAAGUGGCCGUAACCCCCCCCUGGACAGACCAGAUACAACAACUUCAGAUUGAUGGCAAUACAAUCAAUGACCUAAUUGAUGGCUGUCAGACUUACACACUCCCUUCUGUUGUGCUAAUGAUCUCUACCUUGUUGGAGAUCGAGCCUUCAGUACAACAGGAGGUUACGGUACCGAUGACCUUGGAACUUCCAAUAUUAGAAGGCAACUUGAAUGUUUUUACCGAAUGUAACCAUGAUAAACCUUCUGUAGAUUUGAACACAUCCAUUGAAGUCUAUUUUGUGCAAUGCUCGCUGUCGACCAACAAUACCACAGUAGUGAUCGACAUGCAAACCAACACUCUACAGAAUCCGAUGCCCAUCUCGCAGUUAUCCACGGAAUGGGAGGAAAUGGAUCAGUCGACAUCUACCCCGUGGUCAAAAUUUAUGGCUCAAGUUUUGUCUACUUCAGGCAGUAGUGGGUAUCAAUUUGCAAAUGGUAAUGAACCCUCGAUUAUGGAUGAGUAUAUCAUGUCUUUGGUAGGAUUGGAUCUCCCAGCUCAAUAUAACCAAUCGCUCAACGCCGAUGCACCUCCUCCUGCUUUUUUCGUCCUGAGCCUGGAUAAACUAGAAACCGCUAUUGCGCAAACAGUCGCACAACUCACUUGGAUGGGAAUUCUACCUGGUGAGGGGAUGGCCCUUGUCAACGAGGAGGUGAUUGCCCUACGACUCAAUAUCACCCUUAUUCCUUUGCUGUUUGCGACCUCUGCGUCGGUGAUCAUGUUGGGAUUGGCUUUACACACGACGAGAGCAUUCGACGCAUCCCACGAUAUUGAGGCUUCCAUCCAAAAUACAGGCGCACUGCAACUGUUGUGGUUGGCUUUGGAAGAUGUGGAGCAUCCGACGGAGGACAACUUGCGUCGUGCAGGAAUGAUAGAUGUUUGUUUUGCGAGGACGAUAUCCGACGAAGAAGAGCUCCCGAUGAGGAGCUCGAUUGAUAGUGUUCAGGGAGUCGACCACGGCCGUGACAAUGGGAUGUAAUAUUGAGGCCAUUGACACAGUAAGAAUUGUAACAUUUGUUAAUUAUGUCUUGAUAUCUUGAGCCAUUAGGAUAUUUAUUCAUGUGUUGAGAUUCAACCGCAAUGUCAACC